UUUUAAAGAAGCUUAAGUUUACUCAGUGCUUCCCUUCAUCUAACCGAUUUACCCGAACUCCUGAUUGCAAUAUAACCAAAUAAUAAAUAAUUUGUGUGGCACUUGAGUACAUGAACUCUCAGCAGAGUCCAAAGAUCAAAGGUGAGAGAGGCAAUUAAAAGCCUUCACUGAUUCCAGGGAUAUGUUCUGUAGUCUCGAUCACCAACCAAAUCAAUCCUACAGAGGUAGCUCGUUAAGAAAUAGAAUCAAAGGUCCACUGGUCGUCAGGUGCGUUCUUUGCUGUUUUAUGACAGUCCGAGGAUCACAAUGUCUGCUGGACAACAAGAGCUAAGCAGCUACUAUGUGGGUGUCGAUGUGGGAACAGGAAGUGUCCGUGCAGCUGUGGUGGACCAGAGAGGGGUUCUUGUGGCUUUUGCAGACCAGCCAAUUAAGAAGUGGGAGCCUCAAUUUAACCACCAUGAGCAGUCCUCUGAAGACAUCUGGGCUGCAUGCUGUGUUGUCACAAAGAAAGUUGUACAAGGGAUGGACUUAAGACGAAUUCGUGGACUUGGGUUUGAUGCCACAUGCUCCCUGGUUGUCCUGGAUAAGCACUUUUGUCCUUUACCAGUGAAUGCUGAAGGGAAUUCUCAUCGAAAUGUCAUCAUGUGGCUGGACCACCGAGCAGUCAGUCAGGUCCGUAGGAUCAACGAGACUAAACACUGUGUUCUCCAGUAUGUGGGAGGAGUGAUGUCUGUGGAGAUGCAGGCCCCCAAACUCCUGUGGUUGAAAGAGAACUUAAGAGAGACUUGCUGGGAUAAGGCAGGACAUUUCUUUGAUCUCCCAGACUUCUUAUCGUGGAAGGCAACAGGUGUCACAGCACGGUCUCUCUGCUCCCUGGUGUGCAAAUGGACAUACUCAGCAGAUAAAGGCUGGGAUGACAGUUUUUGGAAGACGGUUGGUUUGGAAGACUUGGUUGCUGAUAAUUACAGCAAAAUAGGAAACCAAGUGCUGCCUCCUGGAGCUGCUCUCGGCAGUGGGCUCACGCCAGAGGCAGCCAAAGAGCUUGGCCUUCCCCCAGGGAUUGCAGUGGCUGCUUCACUCAUCGAUGCCCAUGCAGGAGGACUAGGAGUGAUUGGAGCAGAUGUAAGGGGUCAUGGCCUGGUCUGUGAAGGACAGCCAGUGACGUCCCGGCUGGCUGUCAUCUGUGGAACAUCAUCUUGUCACAUGGGGAUCAGCAAAGACCCAAUUUUUGUGCCAGGCGUCUGGGGGCCUUAUUUCUCAGCCAUGGUUCCUGGGUUUUGGCUGAAUGAAGGUGGUCAGAGCGUUACUGGAAAACUGAUAGAACACAUGGUGCAGGGCCACGCUGCCUUUUCUGAACUACAAGCCAAGGCCACAGCCAGAUGCCAGAGUAUAUAUGCAUAUUUGAACAGUCACCUGGAUCUGAUUAAGAAAGCUCAGCCUGUGGGUUUCCUCACUGUUGAUUUACAUGUUUGGCCAGAUUUCCAUGGAAACCGCUCUCCCUUAGCAGAUCUGACACUAAAGGGCAUGGUCACUGGAUUAAAACUGUCUCAGGACCUUGACGAUCUUGCCAUCCUCUACCUGGCCACCAUUCAGGCCAUUGCUUUUGGGACCCGCUUCAUCAUAGAGGCUAUGGAGGCCGCAGGGCACUCUCUCAGUACCCUUUUCUUAUGUGGAGGCCUGAGCAAGAAUCCCCUUUUUGUUCAGAUGCAUGCAGACAUUACUGGCAUGCCUGUGGUCCUGUCGCAAGAGGUGGAAUCGGUCCUUGUGGGUGCUGCUAUUCUGGGUGCCUGUGCCUCUGGGGAUUUCGCUUCUGUACAGGAGGCAAUGGCAGGAAUGAGCAAAGUUGGGAAAGUUGUAUUCCCGAGACAUGAGGAUAAAAAAUAUUAUGACAAGAAAUAUCAAGUAUUCCUGAAACUGGUUGAACACCAGAAGGAGUAUUCAGCAAUCAUGAAUGGAGAUUGAACAGGGCUUGCAGGUGCUGAGGCCAGAAGAUUGUUUAUUAGUUACAAGAGGGAAAAGAAUGUUAACUACAUACGGAAGAAAUGUGACAUCUUGAUUGGAUGACCAAAAUUAACUUCAGAUGGCUGAAUAGACAGCAUGUGUCUCCAAGGUGACAUCAUGAGAAAGAAACAGCAUCUAUCUAGUUGAGAGUACAUAACUCAAACCUAAUCAUGAGGAAACAUCAGAAAAACCCCAAAUGGGUCACAUUCUGUUUUGUUUUGUUUUUUAAUGGGACAUUCAAAAAUGUUCAUGUCAUAAAAACAGAGAAAGGCCUUAGGAAGUUUCUAGAUUAAAGGGAACUAAAGAAAUGUGAUCACUUAAAAGCUUUUGAGGGAGACUAGUAUUUGGAAAACUACAGUUGCUUUACUUGAUGCCAUAGCACAUGA